GCGAUAUCAAUUGCGACCCCAAGACGGAACGAUGAGGUAUUCCGCGCUUUUCUCGACGCUUCUAGCAGUCGCGGCCGUCGCGAGCGCAGAAAGUGUCGUCGCCUCCAUCUUCAUCCAACCCAUCACGACGCCCGAAACACCGCCUAGCCUCCUCGCCGACGUCAGCUACGAAGCCCAGCCGGAGACAACAGCAACAGGCGAGGUCCUGUCGUACGAAGCGCCAGAUCUCCCCGAGGGCGGUGCGGCGGCGCUGUUGCGCGUCGGCGUCUACGACGCGGCCGCGGCGCGCUGGGUGUCGUCGACCUCGGUGGCGUCGGCCGACAACUUUGGCAAGGGGCUGUCGCCGCACCUGGUGCUCUCGGUCGACAAUAGCAAAGGCCAGAUCCUGGGCGUACUGUGCAAGGGGGUGCGGAUCGACGCCGGACAGACGCGCGACUUUGGCCCGCAGGUCGUCGUGGUCCCGACGGCGCGCGGCAAGCAGCCCGACCUCAACAGGCCCGUCGUGCUCUCGCCCGAGGGCAAGAAUGUCGUCCCCGAGGAGAAGACGCUGUUGCAGAAGUAUGUGCAGAGCCAGCCCCCCCUCCCCCUUUCCAUCUGUUAUGGUUAUGUGUUUGGUGUAGUACGCGCAACUGCUGACGUUUUAACAAUGAUAGGUAUUGGUGGGUGUUAGCUAUUG